GUACUAGGUUAGGAUUUGGAUUUAAGAGGUUAUGUUUUGCUUUAGUUUUGGGAAGGUACGAUGAAGUGUAAGUGAUAGUGUAUGGAAAUUAAAAUUAUAUUUUUCCCUCGAUCUAAAAUUUUUGUAUUUAUUUAAAAUGUUCCAUUUUAGAAGAAAAGUCGUUAUAUUGUAUUGUAGUUUUCAUAAAAUACUCGUAACAAAUACGUUAAGAUGCUCAAUAGGAGAAGAGUUCUCAGUUGUUAGAAAUUACAGCCAGAAAAAGGGAAAGAAGAAAGGCACUAACUCAGUAUCCACGUUAUUUGUUCCAAUAUCAGUAAAAUCCAAUCCUGAUGAUAUUAAUGUAGGUGUUGAACUAACCGGUGCUUUAAACAAAGGAGACCUGUUAAAAAUAUUGACUAAAUUCUAUCAAAAACCAGAAAUCAAAGUGUUGUCUCUGGAAAAUGGAAUGGAUAGUUACAUACAAAAUCAAGUCUAUGCAAGUUUUAAAAAGUUCUGCUUGGAAGCUGAGUCACUACCAGCUGAUUUGCAUGUUGUAUUCAGUGAUAUCUUACAAGAUGCUGGCCAUGUGGAUGACAUCUUUCCAUAUUACCUCAGACAUGCACGCCAAAUGUUCCCUCAUUUGGAAUGUAUGGAUGACCUUAGGAAAAUUAGUGAUCUUCGCUCACCAGCAAAUUGGUAUCCAAAUGCAAGAUCACUUAAUCGAAGAAUAAUCUUUCACGCUGGACCAACGAACAGUGGGAAAACAUACCAUGCUUUAGAAAGAUACUUUUCUGCCAAGUCAGGGGUUUAUUGUGGCCCUUUAAAACUUUUAGCAUCAGAAGUUUUCAAAAAAGCCAAUGACAGGGGUGUACCCUGUGAUUUAAUAACAGGAGAAGAGCGUAAAUUUGUGAAUGGUGAGGAUAAUCCAGCUAGGCAUGUCUCGUGUACUGUGGAGAUGACUUCUGUCAACAUGCCAUAUGAGGUGGCUGUGAUAGAUGAGAUUCAGAUGAUGAGGGACCCGGGGAGAGGUUGGGCAUGGACCAGAGCUCUGCUGGGAGUGGCAGCUGAGGAGAUCCAUGUCUGUGGAGAGGAGGGAGCAGUGGACCUGGUGAAAUAUAUAGCAGCCACUACUGGUGAGGAUGUUGAGGUGUGCAAGUACAAGAGGCUGACAGAACUGACUCUUGAAUCGUCCAGCCUCGGUAGCUUGAACAAUGUGCGGCCAGGUGAUUGCAUUGUCUGUUUUAGCAAGAACGAUAUUUACACAGUGAGCAGAGGUAUUGAGGCCCGCGGAAUGGAGGUGGCAGUGAUCUACGGAGGGCUGCCGCCGGGUACUAAGCUGGCCCAGGCUCAGAAGUUCAAUGACCCAGAUAAUCCAUGUAAGGUCCUUGUGGCUACUGAUGCCAUCGGCAUGGGGCUGAACCUGAGUAUCCGUCGUGUCAUAUUUUAUUCCUUAAUUAAGCCAAUUGUGAAUGAAAAGGGAGAUAAGGAAAUGGACGUCAUUUCAGUGUCUCAAGCUCUUCAGAUAGCAGGCAGAGCUGGGCGAUAUGGUACUCAAUUUGACAAGGGAUAUGUUACCACUUUCAAACAUGAAGACUUGGACAUUCUUAGAAAAUUGCUUGGACAAACCCCAGAACCCAUCACGAAGGCAGGUCUACAUCCUACGGCAGAUCAGAUUGAAUUAUAUGCAUAUCAUUUGCCCAACUCCACUCUGGCUAAUUUAAUGGAUAUUUUUGUAUCUCUUUCUACAGUAGACAACUGCCUCUAUUUCAUGUGUAAUGUUGAAGACUUCAAGUUUCUGGCAGAUAUGAUACAACAUGUCCCUUUGCCACUUCGAGCUCGCUAUGUCUUCUGUUGUGCACCGAUCAAUCGCAAGAUGCCAUUCGUUUGUUCCAUGUUCCUUAAGUAUGCUCGUCAGUACAGCAAGAAUGAGCCCCUCACAUUUGAGUGGCUCUGUCGCAGCAUUGGAUGGCCAGUCACAAUGCCGAAAACCAUUAUUGAUCUUGUCCACUUGGAAGCAGUUUUUGAUGUUUUAGACUUGUACCUUUGGCUGAGCUACCGGUUUAUUGAUCUGUUCCCUGAUGCCAAGCUGGUGAGAGAUAUGCAGACAGAGUUAGAUGAUGUGAUACAGCGCGGUGUUAUGCAGCUGACCAGACUCCUCCUCAACUCAGAAACUGGAGUGUCCAGUGGAACAGGCACAGAUACCCAGGAGCAGUUCUCUAUAAAGCAGACCAAACAAGCUUAUCUGAGAGGUGAGAGAGUAAGUACAAGUAUAGGUGAGAGAGUAAGUACAAGUGAACCUGUAGGGCAAGGCAAGUUAACUGAAAGGCUGAUAGCUCAAGGGUUACUCACCCCUACCAUGCUGCAGGAGCUUCGGAGAGAGUGGAAGUUGGAUGGUGAAGAGAAGAUGCAAAGUAGUGAUGAUGAAAGUAAACCAAAAACUAAAAGUAAAAAAAAACCUAAAAUCUAAAUUGUCAAUAAAUAUAUUUUGUACUCUUA